GCAGCUGACAGAUUCCUCAGAAGGAGAAGAAGAACCCCCCUGCUUGGAUUGUCCAACAAGGAUCUCCGCUCAACCAUGAAGGGAACUCUCGCAGCCUUGAUAGCCGUCCUCCUGUGUGUGGAGAGAGCGUCAUCGCUCGUGUGCUUCCACUGUGACAGUAUGGACUCCAACUGGGACUGCCUCAGCAUGAAGACAUGCAAGGAUACUGACAAGUACUGCAUCACAAAAUACAUAGGGGGAGGCUACGGCGAGAACCGCAAGCAGUCCAUCAGCAAGGGUUGCUCUGCGACCUGCCCCGAGGCAGGCCUGGACCUGGGCGUGAUGGCCUUCUCCAUCAAGUGCUGCGAGCACUCCUUCUGCAACACCAGCGGGGCCGUCGGCGUGAAGAGCAGCUUCACGGCACUGGCCGUCGGCACCCUGGCCAGCCUCUUGUACAUCUUUGGUGCCAAGCUGUGAGGAGGGACGCGAGGGGCCGACGAGGCUUCUCCUGCAGCGAGGAGCCCCGAUCCCUUCCCCGUGCAAAACUGGACGUUCAGGACAUACUCCCGACCACACCUCUGAGCCUUUGUACCUCUCGGGGCGCUGAAGAUGCGUCUGCACCAGUGUUCCCUCCGAGCUGAGUUAGUGUGAGCCAGCUCCCAGUUGUUUAGCCUCCAGCU